AUAGCCCAACACUCCGACUUCUAGCAGUGUAAAAUCCGCACCACUCGGGACAUAGCGAACGGCAGACUUUAUCUAGACAAGGCAGUAAGAGUUUCCUGCACGCAAAACGGGUUUCGAAAGGGUCCUAGGAACAAGGCUUCCCGCGUGCCGCUGCCUACCACUUGCCGCGCCCCGUUCCAUCCAAGCCAGCUCCCCGCUUCCCGCGUUCCGCGCCACGCUCCCGCUCGUCGCUUACUACUCCCCGCGUUCCGCAUCUCGCGUCCUGCUCCCAGCUUCCCGCCCGCCUCAGCAUUGUGCUCUGUGAGGUACUUAGGGGUGGCGGCACAGGAUGUAACAAGGGUAGAUGCAAGGCACCUCAAAGUGGCGCCCACACUUGCAUAUACCAAUAGCUCAAUAUCUCAAACACUAUAUCCAUCCUUAGCUGUGGCAUGUUUUACUGUA